AUGGACAGAGAGUUGGAUAAAUGUGACAGUGACAAUUUGAAUGACGGUGAGGUCGAACGUAAAGGAGAAGUUGAGUUCCAUGACCUUAGCUAUCGCCGUAAUAUGGAUUAUUCUGUUGAUCCCGAUAGCGAGAGAGAUAGUGAACGCGAUCAAAACAAUCAUUCUGAUAUGUUAGAUGAGAAGGUUGAUUACAAAAUGGUAAGAGACUUCCGGAGUUUAGGACACCAUCGCAAUAUAGUUCAUUUACACAGUGGUAUUGAGCACUUGAAUAAUACUGAUGUUGAGGUAAAACUAGCAAGAGAUGUUAGAGGUUCUUUAGGCCUUGGGUUAUCGUUAGAAAUAUGUGUUGUUUGCGGCGAUCGUGCAAGUGGUCGACAUUACGGUGCGAUAAGUUGUGAAGGAUGCAAAGGAUUUUUUAAACGGAGUAUUCGUAAACAACUGGGUUAUCAGUGUCGAGGAAGUAAAUCCUGCGAGGUCACUAAACAUCACAGAAAUCGUUGUCAAUACUGUCGACUUCAAAAAUGCUUGGCAAUGGGAAUGAGAACGGUACAGCAUGAGCGAAAACCAGUCCUAGGCGAAGCAGCAGCCACAAAAUUGAGUAAUCGGAGUGCAAGAGUUAAACCAGAGCCUCAACAAUCUGCACCCGAGACCGCUCCUAUUUGGGAACCACCAGAAAGUCCAAGUGCCGAAGACCAAAGUAGUGACAGUGAUUUGAGUGAUGCAUUGACAUUGGCACGUGACCGUAUGCUUAUUUCACAUGCGCUCGAGGGAAUGGCUAAACUCAUUGGUGAUAGUGUAAAUGGAUCCGAUGAGCCAGAAGAGGAGUGGACUGGCCAGCUCUUAUUCGAGCGGCACACAGUCUUUGAAUUACGGGCACCUAGCCCAGCUCCAGCAUACUUAUCAAUACACUAUAUUUGUGAAAGCGCCGCGAGAUUAUUAUUUUUGUCCGUACACUGGGCACGAGGAAUCCCCGCUUUUCAAGCCCUCCCAUCGGAUGUCCAGACUUCCCUGGUACGGAGUUCAUGGGGUCAGUUGUUUACUUUAGGGCUUGCACAAUGUGCAUACACUUUGUCACUACCCAGUAUUUUGACGUCAAUUAUCAAUCAUCUGCAGGCGAGUAUCGCUCAGGAAAAAAUAACAGCCAGCAAAGUUAAAUUGAUAACAGAACACAUAUGUAGACUACAAGAUUGUGUUAGUUCUCUACAUAAAAUGCAGGUUGACUCAACGGAGUACGCCUACCUCAAGGCUUUAACGCUUUUCAGUUCAGAUAAUAUCCUGGCUGACGCUUGGCGUAAAAAGGUUGAAGUGCUGCAGGAGGCAGCAUGGACUGAGUUACAGCAACGUAUAGGAUCAGAUCGACUACCUCGACUAUUAAUGAAACUAGCUCCGCUUCGUGCUAUAAACCCACGUGUUUUAGAAGAUUUAUUUUUCGCGGGUCUUAUUGGCAGAGUUAGCGUAGCUAGUGUGGUGCCUUAUAUACUUGGUAUGCAGGAUUGUAAAACAGAAUCAGAUGCCCAAAUGCAUCAAUGUCCAAGUCAAUGUCUAGCUGGACCUUUUGGAGAAAGCCAAGGCGUGUUGGACGAUUAGACGUUACGACAAAGCCAAAAGGAAAAAAAAAACGCUCUAAGAAAGUGGAUCGACCAGGUAGCAUCAUUGAGAAAGAAGAAGGCCACACUAGUACUAAUAAUAAUAACACCUGUAAAAAUAAUAAUAAUAAUAAUAACAUUAACAUUAAAAUAACUGAAGAAGUUAAUAACAGUAAAGAAAAAAAACCCCAAGAGGUGUUGAAAAAAAAUAUGGAUUUUCCAACAUCAAGAUUAGAAGAUCGAGUACCUAAAGAAACACCUAUUACAGAUGAUUAUGAAAUAAGUAAUCAUGUACUCGGGCUUGGUAUCAAUGGACAAGUUGUUGAGUGCUAUGAUAAAAAUACUAGAGAAAAAUAUGCCCUAAAGGUACUUUAUGACUGUAUGAAAGCAAGGAGAGAAGUUGAAUUACACUGGAGAGCUUCUAAUUGUAAACAUAUUGUACAAGUUAAAGAUGUUUAUGAAAAUACUUACGGGGGAAAUAAAUGUCUGCUUGUAGUAAUGGAAUGCAUGGAGGGUGGUGAACUUUUUCAACGGAUACAAGAUCGGCAAGACGGUGCCUUUACUGAAAGAGAAGCUGCACAAAUAAUGUACGGAAUUUGUCUUGCAGUGAAGCAUCUCCACGACAUUAACAUUGCUCACAGAGAUCUUAAACCUGAAAAUCUUUUGUACUCAAAGUUAGAUAGCUCAGGAGUACUGAAAUUAACAGACUUUGGUUUUGCCAAAGAGACUAAUAUUAAAAACACAUUACAAACGCCAUGCUAUACACCUUAUUAUGUCGCUCCUGAAGUGCUGGGAGCAGAAAAGUACGACAAAAGCUGUGAUAUUUGGUCGUUGGGAGUGAUAAUGUACAUUUUAUUGUGCGGUUUUCCGCCGUUCUACAGCAACCACGGGUUAGCGAUUUCACCGGGAAUGAAGAAGAGAAUACGUCUGGGACAGUAUGAUUUUCCAGCUCCAGAAUGGGAGCACGUAAGCACUGAAGCGCGAGAUCUAAUUAAAGGAAUGUUGCGUACAGAUCCAGCCGAACGAUUUACCAUCGAAGAUGUUAUGAGAAAUAAUUGGAUUUGUAAACAUACUGAAGUACCGCCAACGCCGCUGCAUACCGGGAGAGUAUUGCGCGAAGGAGAGGAACUUUGGCCUGAAGUACAAGAAGAAAUGACACGAUCCCUCGCGACAAUGCGUGUCGAUUAUGAUGCCGCCAAUUUAAAACAAUUAGACAAUUCAAAUAAUCCAUUGUUGAUUAAACGUCGACGAGCGAAACAAGCCGCCGCUAUGGGAACACCCUUGUCUCCUACACCCGCCUCAUAA